AUGUCCUCCACAACACAUUUUUCAGACUCAACUCACUUUCAGCAGCAGUCAGAUGAGUUUCUCACAUGGUUAACUGCUCUGUCCGGGGUCAAGGUGAACCCUAAGAUCCAGAUCGCUGAUCUGAGGGCUAGCGGCGCCGGCCGAGGUGUCGUGGCUCGACUCGACCUCGAAGAAGGCGAAGAGCUUUUCACCAUUCCCCGCGCCCAUGUCCUCUCGGCUCAGAAUUCGAAGUUGAAGGACCUGAUCUCACAAGAUUUGGAAGAACUCGGACCAUGGCUCUCUCUCAUGGUCGUCAUGAUUUACGAAUAUCUUCGUGGUGAUCAAUCGCCUUGGGCACCGUAUUUCAGAGUCCUUCCUCGGGAUUUCGACACACUGAUGUUCUGGUCCCCCUCCGAACUUGCGGAGCUCCAGGGCAGCGCCAUUGUGAACAAGAUUGGACGACAGGGUGCUGAAGAAUCUAUCCUUGAGUCUGUAGCCCCUCUUGUACGGGCAAAUCCUUCUCUGUUCCCUCCUAUCGACGGGUUGAUUUCUUUCGAGGGGGAUGUCGGUACACAAGCCCUCCUUCAGCUAGCUCAUACUAUGGGUUCGCUUAUCAUGGCUUCUGCCUUCGACAUUGAGAAGCCUGAAGAUGAGGAUGAACGCGAUGGAGAAGAUGGCUAUGUCUCAGACGAGGAGGAGGGUCAGUCAUUUAAGGGUAUGGUUCCUCUGGCCGAUCUGCUCAACGCAGAUGCCAACCGAAACAAUGCUCGCCUUUUUCAUGAGGAAGAGACUCUCGUCAUGAAGGCGAUCAAGUUUAUUAGAGCCGGCGAGGAGAUUUACAAUGACUACGGAGAGAUUCCUCGAUCUGACCUCUUGAGACGCUACGGAUACGUUACUGAUAACUAUGCUCCAUUUGAUGUCAUAGAGGUGUCCCUCAGCCAUAUAUGUCAGGCAGCGGGUCUCCCAAGUGCCGAUGUCGAGUCCCAACCUCCGCUUCAAUUUUUGGAAGAGUUGGAACUCCUUGAUGAUGGCUAUGUUAUUCCAAGACCCUCCUCCGAGGAUCAACUGAUAGACAUCCUCCAGGACGAGUUGCUCUUGCUGCUCAAGACCCUAUCUCUGUCGCCAGAACUUCUGCAGAAGCAAAUAUCUAAAGGCAAACCCCCCAAGCCUACCUUUGGCGAAGCCGAAGCUACCAUACUUGGUAGAGCACUGGAGCUGAAUCAGGCGCAAUACCCAACGACUAUCGCUCAAGACCUUGAAAUACUCGCCCGAUUGAGCCAAUCCGGCGCUCUUGGUGCUGCUGACAGCUCUUUACGUCGCAAGGCUAUGGCUUUGCAGGUCCGCCUUGGCGAGAAGGAAAUCCUUGAAAGACUUUUUACGAUGCUCAACAAUGAGCUCAGCAGUCGGGCUGACGAAUCCGCGACCAAGCGCCCUGCCAACGGCGACCACGACGAUUCGAGACGCGCCAAACCUUUCAGGUCUUGA